GCCAAUCAACCAGAGUCACGUGACCCCAGGGGGAGGGGAAAGCGGCCUCAUAAGAGCAGCACACGCCGGACCGGCAGCACAGAACCAGAGCCAGACCCAGGACAGGCAGAAGACACCUGACCCAGAUCCAGCAUGCAGCACGCUCGCGGUCCCGCCUUCGUGGUCCUCGCCGCGCUGGCCCUCAGCAGCUUGGGAGUCUCCUCUCAGUCUGACAGAGACCAAGACCAGUUCCAGAACCACGACCUGGACCUGGAGCUGCGUCACCACCGGCUGCUGCAGCGAGCUCGCAGCGCCGGGUUGCUGUCACAGGACUGGAGUAAACGGGCCAUUGAAAACAUGUUGGCUCGCAUGCCGGACCCCGAGGCUGAAGCGGAGCGGGAGGCGGAGGUGGGGCGCAACAACCUGGAACGCUCGGUGGACGCCAACGUGCCCCCCCGCAACCGCAAAGAUGGCUGCAAGAACUUCUACUGGAAAGGCUUUACUUCCUGCUGAUGCCCCGCCCAGCUGAAGCCCCGCCUCCCUGAGUCCAACAGACCCGUCCUGAUCUCCUGACUGAUGACAGAGAGGACCAAUCAGCAGAUGACCUGAAAAAUUAUUGUAAUUAUCCAAUAAAGAGAGAAUUCAAUCAGA